UUUCCCGUGACGAAUUUUGCAGUAUUCAAUUUGCAUGACAAAACACACACUCAGCUCCAUUUUUUUUUUUGGUUGCAGAAGCAUACGAAUUUCUCGUCGUCACAGGGAGGGAAAAAUCUGGCGAUCAAGCAUUACGUUGGUUUCGAGAUAGUCUACAUCAUAGGGGCUCGAGUAGUAUGUGGAUGAUUGGGUGUUGAGUCUGCAUAGGAUGCACUGUUGUCAGGGAGAAGUGCAAGUCACCUUCACGCGGUUGGCCCAGAAGCCCAUAUCUAACGCAGACGAUCGCACAACUACACCAACCACGGACGGCGGUCCCGAAACAAGGUCCAUUAUGUCUGGCUACUAAAUCAACGCUUCCAGCCGGGAAGAUAGAGCGCAGACCGUUGUUUAUUGGCAUCGUCGGCGUGAAUGAGAAUUUGCAGAAUCGCCGAGUUGGAUGACAAAGCCGAUGAUGGGUUUAUCGCUCCGCUAAACAGAUUUAAUGCGCCUCUGAAUGCAUUAACCCCGUCACUGGCGGGUGCAAAACAGGAUAUCUCGGACCGGAGCGCCUGUGAGGUUUCCCUGAACGCUUUGCAGCACAGCCAUGGCUCUGGUGACUCUGCAGCGCUCCCCUACACCCAGCGCCGCAUCCUCAGCCAGCACCAACGCGGGGGAGGAUUUAGGCAGUGAUGACGAUCGAAAGGCAAACCUAAGCCUGAGUGAAAGUUUCUUCAUGGUAAAAGGGGCAGCUCUGUUUUUACAGCAAGGCAGCAGUGCACAAGGGCCCAGGACACCCACCCAUCAUAAAAAUGCAGGGGAUCUUCCACAGCAUCUACAAGUAAUGAUAAACACCCUCCGUGCCGAGGACAGAAUUAAAUUAGUUGUUAGGUUAGAAAGCGGCUGGACGGACCAUGUGCGGUACAUGGUUGUCGUCUACACAAAUGGGCGUCAGGACACUGAAGAAAACAUACUGCUUGGGAUGGAUUUUACAGAUAAGGACAGUAAAAGUUGCUCUAUUGGGAUGACCCUUCCACUUUGGAGUGAUACCAAGAUUCACUUGGAUGGAGAUGGAGGUUUCAGUGUGAGCACGGCGGGAAGACUACAUGUUUUUAAGCCUGUGUCAGUCCAGGCCAUGUGGUCUGCCCUCCAGGUGUUGCACAAAGCAUGUGAGGUUUCCCGCAGGUACAACUAUUUUCCAGGAGGGAUGGCUCUUACAUGGGUCGGCUAUUAUGAGAGCUGCAUCGCCUCAGAGCAGAGCUGCAUCAAUGAGUGGAAUGCUAUGACAGAUCUGGAGACCACACGGCCCGACUCGCCGGUCAUGUUUUCUGAUCAGCCGACAGAGAGAGAGAGAACAGAGUGUAUGAUCAAAGCCAAACUCCGAAACAUCAUGAUGUUUCAAGACCUGGAAAAUAUUACUUCUAAGGAGAUCCGAAAUGAACUGGAACAGCAUAUGAGCUGCAACCUGAGGGAGUAUAAAGAGUUUAUUGACAAUGAGAUGCUGCUUAUCCUGGGCCAGAUGGACAAGGCUACACUCAUAUUUGACCAUCUGUACCUGGGCUCAGAAUGGAAUGCAUCCAACUUGGAGGAACUUCAAGACUCUGGGGUUGGGUAUAUCCUAAAUGUCACGCGAGAGAUUGACAACUUUUUCCCAGGUACCUUUUGUUAUUGUAAUAUUCGUGUUUACGAUGAUGAGACUACAGAUCUGCUGGCACACUGGAACGAAACCUACAACUUCAUAGUUAAAGCCAAGAAAAACAACUCUAAAUGCCUUGUACAUUGCAAGAUGGGAGUGAGUCGCUCAGCAUCCACUGUCAUUGCUUACGCUAUGAAGGAGUAUGGAUGGUCACUUGAGAAGGCAUACACUUUUGUCAAACAGAAAAGGAAUAUAGCACAACCCAAUCCAGCUUUUAUGAAACAACUGGCUGAAUACGAGGGGAUUUUAGAUGCCAGCAAGCAGAGACACAAUAAACUCUGGCAACCAGACAGCGAUGAGUAUUCACUGGAGGGCCUUCAGGCUUCAGCUGCCAGUGGUGACCAGACUCCCCAGUUUUCGUCACUACACCCCGAUCAAGAGGAGAGCGCUUGGGGCCACGGUGGAGCAAGUGCCUCCCCCUGCUGUGGAGAAGAGCCGACAGACCACCUCAAUUACAACUACUACUUCCGGCGACUCUCAGACACGGCUCUGGACAGUGAACCCUCCACGCCAGUUCGAGGUCCUCCGCUUUUAGGCAUGGAACGAGUCUUUAUUGAGAUUGAGGACGUAGAGAGAGAUGCGUUGUUGGACGAUGAAGGCUUCCCCAUGGCUCACUUGGCCCUUCCUGGGGAGGGCACAGCGGCCCAGACCUGCGGUCGACUGGAGCCCAUAGAGGACAUGCGGUUGAGGCUAGAGUUUAGCACGGUGGAGGAGGAGGACGAGGAGGAAGCACAAAAGGAGGAGGCGGAGAUGGCCGCCUUAGCUCGUGGCGAGGAGACGCCGAGGGAUGACGAGAGCCUGGCUAACUCGAACCGCUUUAACAACGAGAACGCCAACAACAGCAACAGGCUGGCCGGGAAACGCAGCUGCCCUUCUGGCUUUGACGACAGUGCUAGCAUUGGAAACCCCUACAAAGUGAAGCCCUCAUAUCAGUCGUGCCGAGACUGCCUGCGCCUGCCCAGUGGCCGCCGCUGCGAACGUCGCACCCAUCGCCUUAACCUGUCACGUCACACUGGCCUGCCCAGUAUGUCCAUCCAGGCCCCCAGAGGACACAAAUUCAGUCCUGUCUCCGCCAAUAAGGUGCCUCCUCCUGCCCCUCUGCAUCACAUGAGCAGCGGGCACUGCCAGUGCAUUCGUUGCUUUGGUCGAGCCAACUCGGACGCUUGCCACAAGCAACCGAGCUGCGAAGACCUUCCUCAGGAUUUGCGUUACUCCUUGGAGGCCGAGGACAAAAUGGAAGGGGAGGAUGAGGGGAGCAAGGAACGCUCCAGCAGUCCUGGGACAGAGCUCACUCUCCUGAGGCUCAGUCUGGGUGGUGAGAGGCCUACGGCGGAGCUCAGUCAGGGGGCCCAGCUGGUGCAAUUGACCGGUCCUCAGUCGGAACAGAUGGACAUGAGCACAGAGGACACUGCCACAGAGGACAUGGAAGUGGACGUCCCCAGCUCGCACCCUGGCUCCAGUGAACUCCAGCAAACACUCGCACUGGGCUCGGCCCUGACACGCAGCUCCAGCAGCGACAGUCUGCCGAGAUUUCGCAGAGGCCAGCCGGGCUUGGUAUGUCAGCGAGCUCGAGAGAUCGAGACCCGCGUGCGGCUCGCCGGACUGACCAUGUCCUCCCAACUCAAAAGGUCUAAUUCGCUGGCCAAGUUAGGCGACUUGGCCAUCUCCACAGAGGACCUGACGCUGUCCACCGCAGUCUCCGUCGACAACGAUGACCAAGAGCCUGCUCUUUGCGCGCAGUCCUCUUGCUCCCCCAAGCUCUCUUUAACUCCAACUGUGUUGCAGAGUUUGAAAAGCUGACUCAGAGAUGUCAGAACUGCUUUCUCAGUGAUUGGGACCGAUCCGGUCCUACAGCCAUCGAGAGCGACCAUGGAGGCCGAUGCUGCAAGACACCUCACGAGAACAAUCAGGCCAGGCUUGGACGUCCUUCCAGCAGCCCUUUACAUAACUGCACUGCAUUCUUCACGUGUCUGUCUGUGCUUUAACGAAGAUAUAUAUUAAAGCAUGCUCUGGCUUGGACCUUCAUUAACGGCUUUGUUGAUACGGCUUUUCUUGGUCUUGCUAAAGGAAGUCCUACCUUCACAUGCGGCCCAUCAAUAAGUCACAUAAUCAGAUCUUUUUGAAUUAGCAAUGAUUUUUUUUUAUUUGUUUGAUCUUCAUAAUUUAAACUACUUUAAAACCCCACUUUGUGCCCUUUGGUUGAUAUCCUGACAACAUCAUUGAUAUUUUACUUCCCGGUUUGUUCACCAGCAAAUUUAUGCGCUACUGCAAACGAACCAGUCAUGCAGUCGCGAUGGUUUGAUGGCGUAAAGAGACAAUUUAUAUGAUUUAGAUAAUCGUAAACCUGAAAGGUGAACAAAAAUGUGAAAAUUAAAAGGGUGCUACGGAAUAACCAAUCAGAACACUUGUUAUGUGCUAAUGAUAAUAGAAAUGUUCAAACCAUAGAAAAAACUGAAUCGGAUUUUGAUGUAGAUGUUAAUACAUUUCAAUGAUAACAUUUGUGAUGUUGCUUUAUUAAAACAUGAAAAUCUGAGCCUAAACCAUAAGCUUAAAACACACACACACACACACAAAUUCAUACCUAAUUGGCUAUUAAAAUGAAAAAUGUAUACCUGAAUAUUUAAUUAACUUGCCUUCAAAAGCCGUAUAUUUCCACAAACCUCUGUGGAAAUUUUUAUCAAAAUGUUGCACCACAAAAGUAAUUUAAAACUUAAGGUUUAGCCUGAAAUAUAGGAUUAUGUUUUUUGAAGUCACAGUGUUAUUCCACCCUGAUAGUUACUUGAAUGACAUCAACAAAGCCACAUAAUUAUUGUCUAUUUCCAGAGAAAAAUGCAACAUGAAUGUGGUUGGCUAUUUGUCUUACAACACUAAUUUGCUUCUCAACUAGUGUUUAUCAGAUCAGCUACAUCUGAAGUGUGCUACUAGAGUAGCUCCUGUUAUGUAAUUUAGCUCAAGCUGUUUAUUGUACAAAUUGUAGCCUGUGAUGUGCAAAAGGCUUUAGCAGCAACACAUUAGUACAAUACAGUCUUCAAGUUGAUCAGAGGAUGUUCAAAUGUCUCACUAUUGUCCUUUAAAAGGUCCUUUUAAAGUGUCUCCUAUAUGAAAUGACAUCAUGGCAUCUGAUAAUGAUAGUCAUGUGCGUUAGGUAUUAACAGGUAUGCACAGUUUGUUAUAAUAUUGUGGGCAAAGGGUACUUGCUUAUACUUGCUUGAGCUUGUCAAUUUAAUACCAUGAUGGUGUAUGAUAUUUGUGAAAGAACACAAUUGAUUAGUGCGCUGAGAUAACUAGUAAGUUUGCAAGUAUUGGUUAAAUUUGACCUUAAUUAUUUUGUCUCAUAUAUAUAUAUAUAUAUAUAUAUAUAUAUAUAUAUAUAUAUAUAUAUAUAUAUAAUUUAAGAAUUAAUGUUAUUGGUCUUUGUGUUGCCUACUAAGCUUUUUUCUUUUCUUUUUCUUUGAAAAAUAUGCAAAGUGGCCUGUGCAAUAAGUGUAAGCAAGAUUUUGAAGAGAAUCACCUUUAUUUAUACAAUAAUGUGAAAAGUAACUAGUUUUCGUUAAGAAUGAAAAUCUGAGAGAAACGCACCUCGAGUGAGAUUUGAAUGAAAGCGUUUUUUCUUCCAUACGGUCCGCAUGGGUUCAGUCACUGCUGUAUGAAACGUUAUUUUCAUUUGAAAAGCUGUGAGACGUUAUUUCAUGUCCCUUUCGCAAAUUCUCGAUGAUUUGGAACUUACUGCUGGCUUUUUAUUUAAUCCUUUAUUUUUCUUGUUUUUAAAAAAAUACGUGUAAUGAGAACGUUCCCAUUUCAAACUGGUGGGGGUGGGGGGGGAGUAUUUCUGCAAAUCAAAAUUAUGAUGAUUGCCAAAAGAAGAUGGCCUCCCAAAGAGAUCGAAGUUGUGGUUUUGCGUUCCUCUCAUGUCUCGCCGUACCUCCUCCCAGCUGCUGCUGAUUUGAGUACUAGACAUUUUAUUUCUUCGGACAUGCAAGUGCCUUACCUGUUGCCAUUUGCAAUCAGUUGUCUGACGGUUCUUUGGUAAAAAAACAAAAAAACGCUCUUUGUUUCGCAGAGGUUUUGUCUCCACCUGUUUGUCUUUGUAUAGCAAAGUUUAUUUUGAAAAAAAAAUGCGUAUUUUGUGGCUUAUUCAAGUCUGUUUGUCUUUUCGUUUUGAUACUGCAUUUCAUAUUUGAAUAGAGGAGACCAAAGUCAUUUAUUUAUUGUCAUGUUUUGGCAUGUUUGAACACACUAAGCUAACAAUAAAACCAACUCGAGAAACUGGAAGAUUGCCUUCAGCCCUAACUAAACCGCUCUUAAAAGUGACUUGGAACAUACAUCAUCUAUACACUGUACUUCAUUUUGACCAUUUUAAGUUGUGCUGCACUUUGUUUUAUAAUGUAAUGUACAGUUAAUUAUAAAAAAAAUAAAUUGUUUAUUGUCUGCAUCAGAAA